GGAGCGAUCGUUGCUAACGGUAACGGUCCCCCACAAUGAUCCACUCUCAGUGAACGAUCGUCUGCGGAUGCGGAAGCUGCACGAUGUAUGCGAUUGCUGUACUGCUUGGUUGGCUAGCAACCACGAUCGGCGCACUUGAUGAUGGGGUGUUCGAUGAAUCUAGCAGCAUCGAUACAAGCGUUGUCGUUUCCGGUCGUGGACAUCAUGAAGAUUUUAAUGAGUAUGGAUUUCCCGAGCUUGUGUUUGGAUCACAUGCGGCCGCUAUUGCAGCGUUUACGUACUAUAUUGUGAUUUUCUUCAAAACCUACCUGCUAAUCCAUCUUGGGCUUUUCCGGCAAAGGGAGGCAGAACAGCUGUGGAGUGCGAGGCAUUCUGGAGCUGAAGAUGAUCGAUAUCCAUCGUUGGAUCAUUUAUUUGAAUAGAUUCGUGCUGUUUUAUAUUGUGGCUAGUAUUAGAUAUUUAUUUAUAUUUUAAUAAUAUUUAUUUGUACAUUGCAAUAAAUCCUACUAUUUAUU